CAGAAUCGUUUUGGCUUUUCAAGCGAUAGCAACUGAAAAUCGGAGCUAAAUUCUGCUCUACGUAGCAUAUACUCUAAUUAAGUGCUUUCGCGUCCACACCACUUAAUAAAGUAAAAUAAAAAAUAUUAUAACAAGAUGCUGCUAAUGCGACGUUGCCACAAACUAAAGCUGCGCCCAUGGAUUCGCCUCUGCUCCGCCGAGUUGAUACAUAAGGAUGGCUUCAUCGAGAAACUGCGCCACAGCUUCGACGAGGACGAACGCAGCAAUCUGGUGGUGCCCACGUUCAAGAAGGCCAUGCUCUACCCGGACGAGAUCGCCGUGAGGGACAUCACCGGGGAGUACACCUACUUCCAGCUGUAUCUGGCCGCCAAGCGCCUGGCCAUUCAGAUCUCCAAUAUAUGCGGCAGUGCCUCCCUAUCGAAUGUCACGUACUUGUGCUCGAACAACGCGCUGUGGGUGGCCAUCCAGUGGAGCUGUUGGAUCUCCGGCCAGGUGGCGGUGCCCCUGGAAACCGGCCAGGCCAUCGACCAACUGCGUCGCCAGGCGUCCAGCUGCAAGACCAAGCUGCUGAUAGCCACGCCCGAGUUCGAGCCCCUGGCCCAGGAGCUAUCGCAGGGCCUGAAGUCGGCCACCAUCAUACUGGAUCACGCCUUUGUGCCGACGGCGGAGAGUGUGUCCUCGACCUCGAUGUACGCCAAACAGCUGGUGGGCACCCAGGGAGUCAUCCUCACGGAGAGCACCCUGCCCAGUGACUUCUAUGCCAAGGCGCCGGCCAUGCUCAUCUACACGCCCAAUGCGGUGAACAGCCCCAAGUCGGUGCUGCUGAGCCACCGCAACAUCGAUGCCCAGGUGCGAUGCUUGAUCGGCAGUUGGCGCCUGGGACCCACGGACUGCAUGCUACCCAUUCUGUCCAUGAAUCGAAUGCACGUUGCCCUGGGCGCCGUGCUCAAUGUGGGCGGCAACGUUAUACUGCAGCAAAAGUUCGAUGGUCACAACGCCUGGAGUGCUCUGCUGGGCAUCAAUAGUCCGUCCAAACAGCGGGUCACCCUCUUCCUGGCCAUGCCCAUUGUCUACAAACGACUGAUUGCCGAGUACGAGAAGAUGUUCGCCAAGGACUCGAGGAUGGUGGAGUACAUUGUGAACCAUUGCCGGCACAAGAUCCGCUUGAUGGCCACCGCCUUUGCCCUGCUGCCGGAUUCGGUGUUCUACCGGUGGCGCGAGAUUACGGGUCAAAACAUCUACGAGUACUAUGGGAUGAUGGAGACGGGCUUGGUCCUGGGUCAUCCGCUGGAUGAGCCCCACCGCGAGGGUUCCAGUACCACGACUCCUUCAACGGCGGGCUCUUCGUCGAGUCCGACUAGUGCCGCCCUGAAUGACUAUCGUCCGGGCACCUUGGGUGCUCCUCUCAAGGGAGUCACAGCCCGUUUGAUCAGCAACAAGGGGGCCGAGCUUAUCACCUGCAAGAACGAGCUGGGCGGCACUGUGGACCAUGGCCUCAUCCAGGUGGAGGACAUCGGCGGAGAUGCCUCACUAAGCCAGACGGUGAUUGGUGAACUUCAGAUAGCUGGCUCGCAUUUGGUAUCCAGUUCGCUGGCCAGCAGUAAUCAGCAGCCGGAACCGGAUGGUGGCUUCUAUAAAACCGGCGACAUUUGCGCCUACCAGAAUGGCCACUUCUACUUCCUGAGCAAGACCAGCGAUGUCUUCACAGUGGGCGGCUACAAGGUCUACGGGUCGGAGAUCAAAAAGGUGCUCAUCUCGCACCCUAACAUCAACGACGUGGCCGUCUUAGGCAUACCCAACAAGUUGUGGGGCCAUCGUCUCGGCGUCAUAUGCAUAGUAUCACCGGAUGCCGACAUAGAUUUGGAUGCCAUCAAGACGUACUGCUACCGCCACCUGCCGGCCCACAAGUGCCCCACCGUUUUCAAGACCCUGGUGUCUAAGUAGAAAAUAUAAUCUAGUCUUAAGUGCUCUUUGUCCUGCCAUUAGCUACAAAUUCAUGUGAUUUUCGGGAUGUUUAACUGAAAAAUACCUUUCUUUGUGAUAGGAAAAUUAAUAAUAAUAAUUUUAAAUAUUUUCCAUUCAAACAAAAA